ACAUACGAGAGGAGAACAAAAAAUAAAGAAUAAAAAUUAUUUUUCAUAUAAAUAAAUUGCGAAAAUUUAGUGCUAAAAAUAGUUUAAAAACGAAAAUUUUAUCGAAAUAUAUUUCUAAUGUUUAAAUACAUUAUUUAAAUUGUGAAAAAGAGAAAUUAAGUGACAGACAGGCGUUUGCAGACAUAUUGUGGCCAUAAAAUAGAAGAAAUAUGUCUAUUUUGAGACAAUGUGGUGCUUUGGUAGCAAAGCAAUUAAUAGCACCACAACGCCAUGUAUUGAACAAUUCUAUAGGAGUACUGCCGGCUGUGGCAAAACGUAUAAAUCUAAAUGUUCAAGAGGAGGCAACACCAUUUGGUAGCAGGGGCCACAAAAAAUUUGGUCACCAAAAGGAAAUCACUCCAAACUUUACCAAGUUCUUUCAUUUUAUAAUUGGUUCGAUGUUUGUGAUUUGCUUGAUGGAUUGGAAAAAAGCGAAAAACUUUCUUAUGCCCAAAGUUGAUGCUGAUGCAGGCGUAGAAAAUGGUUCAGAUGUUGAGAAAAAAGCCAAAACUAAAAAAUUAUCGAAAGAGGAAAGAAAAGCCAAGGAUGCCAAACAUGAUUCCAAUAGAGAUACUGAUACUGACAGUGAAAAUGACAUGGCUAGUGAAGAAGGCGAAGAAGAAAACGCCGUCAAUGAACAGUCAUUGAAGACUAACCGUGCAGAAAAGGAUAAAGUGGGCUUUCGUGAGCGAAAGAUAAUUGAAUAUGAAAAUCGUAUUCGCCAAUUCUCCACACCCGAUAAGGUGUUUCGUUAUUUUGCCACAAUACAAGUGCCAACAUCAGAUGAUCGUCAUGAAAUCUUUAUGACACCAUCUGAUUUUCUAACAAGUAUGACACCUGGUAUGAAACAGCCAGAGGGUUUGGGUCUCGACCAAUACAGACGUUAUGAUCCCAAGUCUGUUGGCGAAUGUUUGAACUUACAUUUGGAGAGGAAUAGUAUUUUCUAUAAAUUGGGUUCAUAUGGCUUAAUCACCUUCUCCGAUUACAUCUUUUUGCUCACAGUUUUGUCAACAUCUCGCCGCCAUUUUGAAAUCGCAUUUCAAAUGUUUGAUUUAAAUGGUGAUGGCGAUGUGGAUUGUGAAGAAUUCGAAAUGGUAGCCACACUUGUCAGACAGCAGACUAGUAUUGGCAGUCGUCAUCGAGAUCACGCCAAUACGGGCAAUACUUUCAAGGGCGUGAACUCGGCCUUGACCACGUAUUUCUUUGGUCCCAACUUGGAUCAGAAAUUGACCAUACAAAAAUUCUUGGAUUUUCAACAACAAUUGCAACGGGAAAUUUUAUCGCUGGAAUUUGAGCGCAAACAUCCCAAUGAGGAGGGCAUGAUUACUGAAGCUGAUUUUGCCGAACUAUUGCUGGCAUAUGCAGGUUAUACUGUAAAGAAGAAGCAACGUAAGUUGAAACGGGUAAAGAGACGUUUCCGUGACCAUUCUCUUGGCAUAUCGAAGAAGGACUAUCUGGACUUUUUCCAUUUUCUCAACAAUGUCAAUGAUGUUGAUACAGCCCUGACAUUCUAUCACAUUGCUGGUGCUUCCAUUGACCAGGCCACAUUAAAGCAUGUGGCCAAAACAGUAGCCAUGGUUGAGCUGUCGGAUCAUGUUAUAGAUGUCGUUUUCACCAUUUUCGAUGAGAACAAUGACAACCAAUUGAGUAAUCGUGAAUUCAUUGCGGUUAUGAAAAAUCGCGUUCAACGCGGUUUAGAAAAACCCAAAGAUACAGGCUUUGUUAAACUGAUGCGCUCGAUGUUGAAAUGUGCUCGUGAAACGAAACCAGUGCUACUGGAUCUUUAAAUUAAUCAGUUGACGUCAUCCUAUAGUUUUAAUUAGUCUCAACAAUAUUUGCUAACAAUUCUUUAUCAGGAUUGUACAAUUUUGAAAUUAUCUAAAUUAUUUUAUAACAAUUACUGCUACUACGAUGACUUUUGUUUAAUGUAAAUACGUACUUACAAACCUAGUUUUACAUGUUUAUCUACUCAAUACUAAUAAUAAAUGUUUUACUUUUUUUUCUUUGUUCUUAAAGAAUUUUUUUGUCUAACAAGUAUCCUUAUAAUUUGUUAAAAUAAAAUGAAUACAUAUUUAACUCAUAUAUAAAA